AUGGUAACGUGCCUCAGCCGUCCCACUCAGGGCCGUAGCGUAGAUCUCCCCGACCCGCCCGCCCCGCCCCAUCCCACCCCGUCCCUGCACCCAUGGCCCCGUCCCGCCCAUCUAGCCGCCCAUAGCCACCAUGUCCAUCGCCCGCCUGCCCUUCCCGCCCGCCCUUCACCUCGCGCCCUGCCCCUCGUCCACCCAGGCCCUCGCCCCGCCCACUCACACACUGGGCGCCCUCAGUGUGGCGUGACCUGCCCUGAUUUAGGUCCCUGUGAGGUCACGGGACCCAGGGCAGCGUCUGAUGUGCCCCUUGGUCUUUCCCCUGGGGAUGGGCGUGGAGACCCUCCGCUCACUGCUGCCCAUCCGCCCAUGUCCCCAACAGACCAACCCCUGGACCUGCGCCUCGCCCACAGAAAGCGGCGUGCCAGCGGUGAGGGGCGCUGCUCCCCACGUCCUCCCAGCGAGCCCCCAGCACCCUCACCGCCUUUGCCGCCGCCGCCGCCACCACUCCCCUCACAGACGAGCCCCAUUCACGCCCCCCAGGAAGGCAUUAAAGUGCUGGAGUGCUACAGACUGCCAGCGCCACGCCCCCCACCGCUGCCCCCCAUCCUCUACCCGCGCCCCCUGCAUCCCUCCCCACUGCUGUACCCUGGGGGUGGCCGCGGAUUGCCCUUCCCGCCCCUGCCGUCCUCCAGCCACCCGUACCCCAUGCUGCCCCUGCAUGAGCCGCGCUUCCCCGCCUAUCCCCUGCUGCGACCAUUCCCCACCCUGGCGCCCUCCAGGCACCUGCUGAGCGGCCUCAGGGAGCGGCGCCAGACGGAGCACCCCCCUGGGCGUCCGGCGCGGCCCCGCGAGCGGUACUCGUGCAAGUUCUGCGGCAAGGUGUUCCCGCGGUCGGCCAACCUGACGCGCCACCUGCGCACGCACACGGGCGAACAGCCGUACAAGUGCAAGUUCUGCGAGCGGUCGUUCAGCAUCUCGUCCAACCUGCAGCGCCACGUGCGCAACAUCCACAACAAGGAGAAGCCCUACAAGUGCCGCCUGUGCGAGCGUGCCUUCGGCCAGCAGACCAACCUCGACCGACACAUGAAGAAGCACGACUCAGACGGGCCCACCAUCCUGGACCGCCCGCUGCGACCCCCGCCCCUGCUGCCCUCCCUCGCCUUCCCCCUGCUGCCCUUGCCGCCCCACGACCACCAUCCCGACGACGACGACGACGAGGAGGACAUCGACGUGGAGAACGAGGAUGACGACGAGGGGGAGGAGCGGGAGGGGGGCGAGCCAGGGGACAGCCAAGUGUCAUGUGAGGUCACUAUCACCCCCGCUCCCCCACCUUCCCCCUCAACGUCCCCACUCCAGGCGCCGCCCCCCACGCCCCCUCCAGAUAGUUUAGUGCAGGUGUAGGUAUCAUGUCAACACACACACACACACACAC